GAUAGUAUUUCUGCGGCAAGUACUUCUGAUGUUCAAGAUCGCCUGUCAGCUCUUGAAUUAAGAGUUCAACAACAAGAAGAUGAAAUUACAGUGCUGAAGGCAGCUUUGGCUGAUGUGUUGAGACGACUUGCAAUUUCUGAAGAUCACGUGGCCUCCGUGAAAAAAUCAGGUGCAAGUAAAGGCCUUCGAGAAGGUAUGUCUAUGUCCUGUAUAACCAAUGGCAGUGGUGGAAACAGAAAACCAAGUCACAUCAACUCUGUCUCAAUCGCAAGUAAAGAAACAUUUUCAUCUGCUGCUAAAAGUGGUACAGAAAAAAAGAAAGAAAAACCACAAGGAAAGAGAGAAAAAAGAGAGGAAUCUCAUUCUAAUGAUCAAAGUCCACAAAUUCGAGCAUCACCUUCUCCCCAGCCCUCCUCACAGCCUCUCCAAACACAGAAAAAAACUCAAGAAAGCAAGAAUCCUACUCCCACCAAAAGGCAUAAAGAUGCCAUCAUCCAAGCAAAAAUGUCAACCCGCGAAAAAAACAGCCAAGAAGGAGAGUAUAUUAAAAUGUUUAUGAGAGGACGGCCAAUCACAAUGUUCAUUCCUUCUGAUGUUGACAAUUAUGAUGACAUCAGAACAGAGCAGCCUCCUGAGAAACUCAAACUGGAGUGGGUAUACGGUUAUAGAGGAAAGGACUGUCGAGCUAAUGUUUACCUUCUCCCUACCGGGGAAGUCGUUUAUUUCAUAGCAUCAGUAGUAGUACUAUUUAAUUAUGAGGAGAGAACCCAACGACACUACCUGGGGCAUAAAGACUGCGUGAAGUGCCUUGCUAUUCAUCCUGACAAGAUUAGGAUUGCAACUGGACAAAUAGCUGGAGUGGAUAAAGACGGAAGGCCUCUGCAACCCCAUGUUAGAGUGUGGGAUUCUGUUACUCUGUCCACACUGCAAGUUCUUGGUCUUGGAACUUUUGAGCGGGGAGUAGGAUGCCUGAGCUUCUCAAAAGCAGACUCAGGUGUUUAUUUAAGUGUUAUUGAUGACUCCAAUGAACAUAUGCUUACUGUAUGGGACUUGCAGAAAAAAUCAAAAGUAGCAGAAAUAAAGACAACAAAUGAGGUUGUUUUGGCUGUGGAAUUCCAUCCAACUGAUGCAAAUACCAUAAUAACAUGUGGCAAAUCUCAUAUUUUUUUUUGGACCUGGAGUGGCAAUUCACUCACAAGAAAACAAGGAAUUUUUGGGAAAUAUGAAAAACCAAAAUUUGUGCAGUGCUUAGCCUUUUUGGGAAAUGGAGAUGUUCUUACGGGAGACUCAGGUGGAAUCAUACUUAUAUGGAGUAAAACUACUGUUGAGCCCACACCUGGCAAGGGGCCUAAAGGUGUCUAUCAAAUCAGCAAGCAAAUCAAAGCUCACGAUGGCAGUGUGUUCACACUGUGUCAGAUGAGGAAUGGGAUGUUGUUAACCGGAGGAGGGAAGGACAGGAAAAUCAUUCUGUGGGAUCACGAUCUGAACCCCGAGCGAGAAAUAGAGGUUCCUGAUCAGUAUGGAACAAUCAGAGCUGUAGCAGAAGGAGAAGCAGAUCAAUUUUUAGUAGGCACAUCGCGGAACUUUAUUUUACGGGGAACCUUUAAUGAUGGCUUCCAAAUAGAAGUACAGGGUCACACGGAUGAGCUCUGGGGUCUUGCCACACAUCCCUUCAAAGAUCUGCUCCUGACUUGUGCCCAGGACAGGCAGGUGUGCCUGUGGGACUCGGUGGAGCACAGGCUGGAGUGGAGCAGACUCCUGGAUGAACCAGGACACUGUGCAGAUUUUCAUCCAAGUGGCACAGUGGUGGCCAUAGGAACGCACUCAGGCAGGUGGUUUGUUCUGGACGCAGAAACCCGGGACCUCGUUUCCAUCCACACUGACGGGAAUGAGCAGCUCUCUGUGAUGCGCUACACAACAGAUGGUACGCUCCUGGCAGUAGGAUCUCACGACAACUUUAUUUACCUCUACACGGUCUCAGAAAAUGGAAGAAAAUAUAGCAGAUAUGGAAAGUGUACUGGACAUUCCAGCUAUAUCACACACCUGGAUUGGUCCCCAGACAACCAGUAUAUAAUGUCCAACUCAGGAGACUAUGAGAUACUGUACUGGGACAUUUUAAAUAACUGCAAACUAAUCAGGAACCGGUCCGAGUGUAAAGACAUUGAUUGGACGACGUACACCUGCGUGCUGGGCUUCCACGUCUUCGGUGUCUGGCCAGAAGGCUCCGAUGGGACAGACAUCAACGCACUGGUGCGAGCCCACAACAGAAAGGUCAUAGCUGUCGCCGACGACUUUUGCAAAGUUCAUCUGUUUCAGUACCCUUGCUCCAAACCAAAGGCUCCCAGCCACAAGUACAGUGCCCACAGCAGCCAUGUCACCAAUGUCAGCUUUACCCAUAACGACAGCCACCUCAUUUCAACUGGUGGGAAAGACAUGAGCAUCAUUCAGUGGAAACUCGUGGAAAAGUUACCUUUGCCUCAGAAUGAGAUUGUAGCCGACACUGCUCUAACCAAAGCCCCUGCCUCUUCCACCGAGGGCGUCCUGCAGUUUGACAGCCUCACACCACCUCCUCCCCAAACCCUAAAGGAAACAGCGGUGGCAGCUGUGGAAGCAGAGAGUGAGAUAAGCAACCCCCCUGUGCUCCCGGAGAUCAGCCUAGAACAGACUGUGGAGCCGAGCGAAGAGCAGAGCGAAGGGGGCAGCGAAGACCUUGGUGAGCCUGUCCCUGAAGAGCCACCCCCAGAGACAAGCGAGGAGCAGAGCAAGGCCACACACCCCCAGGACCCUCAAGGCCAGCCGCCCCUUCCCCUGUCCUAGCCCCGUGACUUCAGCUGCAUGUGGUUCCCUGAUGGAGUGCCGUGAGCGCAGGCUGGGAAGUGAUGGAGGACCACUUUAGAUUGUGAUUUCUGCUUUCCACAUUGUCUCCUUCAGUAGUCUUCUUUUCAGUCUCAAGUGCAGUCGGUCUCUCAAUCGGAGGAAAAGACUGAAGCAUCCCCGGUGUCUCAGACAUGGUGAGUGAGUGCUGAGAUGUCCGUACUGGAACAAAUGGCCCCGCGUCAUCCGACACGUUUCCUCAGGAGCAGCCAGAGGCCUCCCGAAUACUGCCGCUUGCUCACUGGCUCCGACUCUGCUACUCUCCUCCCCCCAGUGCAGAAAAAGAACAAGGGGGAAAGUGCUCUUACUGCGGUCUGUCUCCUCCUGCCCCAGGUGUUUGCAGGAGGCGCUUUCAUGCAGAGAACCGCCAGUAUUCGCCGGCGGUCGUGUUGCCUUCGUUGUUUCCCUGCCCUGCUGGGGAAGGCCCAGGGGUGCUUGCUAGUUACUGUUUAGGUGCUGCCUCUUCCCAGUUACAAGGACACCCGGCCUCUCUCAGUGCAGCUGUUUCCUCCGCCAACUAAGUAUUGGUGGGUUACAGAGCUUUAAUGUAUAGUAACCAGUGAUACUCAGACUUCGUGGAUUUCUCCAGGGAUUCCUCGACUGGCCUCAACAUCGUCCAGUGUUGGGCAUUCAGGUGAACGGAAGGGGAAAACCGCGUGCCUCUAAAACGACGCUGUAAUUACCUGGCUAAUUUUACUUUAGCCUUCGUCCUAG